CAGGGUAGCCGCGCGCCGGCGCAGGCGGGCCGGGCUCCAGCGCGCAGUGCCAGCACCAGCACCAGCACCAGCACCAGCUCUGCGCCCGCGCUCUCCGGCCCGCCGCCUGCGUUCUGGCUCGCGAGCCCGCCCUCCCGUCCUUCUCGUGCGCCGCCGAGUAUGGAGCUGCUGUGCUGCGAGGGCACCCGGCACGCGCCCCGGGCCGGGCCGGACCCGCGGCUGCUGGGGGACCAGCGCGUGCUGCAGAGCUUGCUCCGCCUGGAGGAGCGCUACGUGCCCCGCGCCUCCUACUUCCAGUGCGUGCAGCGGGAGAUCAAGCCGCACAUGCGGAAGAUGCUGGCCUACUGGAUGCUGGAGGUGUGCGAGGAGCAGCGCUGUGAGGAGGAAGUCUUCCCCCUGGCCAUGAACUACCUGGAUCGUUACCUGUCCUGUGUCCCCACCCCCAAGGCGCAAUUUCAGCUCCUGGGUGCGGUCUGCAUGCUGCUAGCCUCCAAGCUGCGCGAGACUACGCCCCUGACCAUCGAAAAAUUGUGCAUCUACACCGACCACGCUGUCUCCCCCCGCCAGAUGCGGGACUGGGAGGUGCUGGUCCUGGGGAAGCUCAAGUGGGACCUGGCUGCUGUGAUUGCCCACGACUUCCUGGCCCUGAUCCUGUACCGGCUCUCUCUGCCCAGUGACCGACAGGCCUUGGUCAAAAAGCAUGCUCAGACCUUUUUGGCCCUCUGUGCUACAGAUUACACCUUUGCCAUGUACCCACCAUCCAUGAUCGCCACAGGCAGCAUUGGGGCUGCAGUGCAAGGCCUGGGUGCCUGGCCCGCAUCCGCAGAUGAGCUCACGGAGCUGCUGGCAGGGAUCACAGGCACUGAAGUGGACUGCCUGCGGGCCUGUCAGGAGCAGAUUGAAGCUGCACUCAGGGAGAGCCUCAGGGAAGCUGCCCAGACGUCCCCCAGCCCAGCACCCAAAGCCCCCAGAGGCUCCAGCAGCCAGGGGCCCAGCCAGACCAGCACUCCCACAGACGUCACAGCCAUCCACCUGUAGCCACGGAGAGGCCCCCUCCAGUGGCCACUGACAGCAGAGGAGGGUCCCUGCCACCCUCCCUCCCUGCAGGAACAAACCACGUCGCAUCUGCCACAACUGAAGUCUGGGGGGGCUCCUUCCUAUUUGCCCUUUGCUAAAGAGAAGGGGGCAGGUCCUGCCUAUCCCUGCCGUGUGCACUAAGGGGCCCGGCCAGCCACCUUUGGGUGGCUAGUCAAGCCCCUCCUUCUCCCUGCCUCUGACCAGCUCAGCUCCUUCCUGGUUCUGGCUGGGGGUGGGUCGGCUGGUCAGAGACAGAAUUGAAGGUAAAAUCGAUGUAACCAGCAUUCCUUAUUGAGGCCCCCUAUCUCUGGGGCGCUCACGUUCUCAACUGCCAAAAUGCCCUGGUGCCUUAUAAAGGUGCUGCACCUUCUAGAGUUACUGCAUUUGGAUUGGGGUCUUUCUGAAGAAAUUUCUGAUAUUCUGAGGGGACACAGUCUGGACAGCUCUUCUCAACAUACUUUGGAGAGCCCUGCAUAAUCCGUGCGCACAGCUGCUCCUGGAGGGAGGGGCCCAGGCCUCUGUCAGAGAUUCCAGAAUCAACCAGUUCCUCCUCGCUUUGCUUUCUGCCGUUUCUCCUGUGAUUGAGGGGGGUCAGUGCUGAAGGAAGAGGUGGUUUUAAUUUAUUAAUUGUGUUGAAUACAACUGUAAGAGGGUGUGGUGGGGCCCACCAGCCCAAGUGGUGGUGACCCUGGCGGUUGCUGCAUCCCUCCUCUGCUACUGGCUAGAGGAUCUUUGUGACCGAGGAGCUGCUACGGCCUGGGAGGGGCCAGGCCCUCCUCUCCCUUUGGCCCUCUGCCCCGUCCUGCAUCAGGGGAUGAAGCAGGGGUGACCUGGAGGUGACCAAGCCCGCUGUCUGGAGAUGCAAACCCUGUUAACACAGGUCUUUCCUAAGGCCACAAGGUCCAGUUGCUGGCCCAGGACCAUCAUGCUACCUUAAUAAAGAUUGUGGAGUAAA